UGUUAUUGAGAAGUGCCGUGAAGCAUCCGUGAAGUGCGUUUUUGGUUCGGAUUAUUUUCUAGCUGUUAUUUCUGCUGCGGAUUCUCCGAGACUGCUGUGACAGCAGUCCGUGGGAGACUCCCAGUUUCUGUUUCUGACCUCCCAAAAUGGCUGAGAGGAAGGCAGUGAACAAGUACUACCCGCCAGAAUGGACUCCUGGCCAUGGCUCGAUCAACAAGUUCCGCAACUCUCACCCGCUGCGCGACAGAGCCCGGAAACUGCACCUGGGAAUUCUUGUCAUCAGGUUCGAGAUGCCGUACAACAUUUGGUGCGAAGGCUGCGGCAACCACAUUGGCACGGGUGUUCGCUACAACGCGGAGAAGUCCAAGGUGGGAAUGUAUUACACGACGCCCGUAUACAAGUUCCGCAUGAAGUGCCACCUGUGCGACAACCACUUUGAAAUCAAGACUGAUCCGCAGAACAUGGACUACGAAAUCAUAUCGGGAGCAAGGCGUCAAGAACGGCGGUGGGACCCAAGUGAGAAUGAGCAGGUUGCUCCAGAUGACAAGGAAAUUGGCAAGAAAAUGGCCACCGACGCCAUGUUCAAGCUCGAGCAUGAUGUUGAGGACAAGGCCAAGGUCAAAGUUGUCACACCAGCGCUGGCCAAACUGGAGCAGCUGCAGGAUCGCUGGCGAGACGACUACACUGCCAACCAGCUGCUGCGGAAGUCGUUUCGGACUAAGAAGAAAGACCUGCACGUUCAAGCCGAGAAGGACCGAGCACUCCUGAAGAAGUCGUCACUUCAAAUAAAUCUCGUCCCCGAGACGCAGGAGGAUAGCCGCAUCGCCAAGCUGCUCACGUUGAUGCCCACACAGACAUCUGAUGAAAGGCGGGAGAGGAAAAGAAAAGAAAUAUCCAUUCGACCGCUCUUUGCACCCCAAGCACCAACAUCAAGCUCCACAAAACAGACUCUCACAAUGCAAAGCCUUAAUGUCACAAAGUUGGAGAAGUUGGAGCUGGCAUCUGGUCUGUCAACGCCGCUGCAGAAGGACCUCGUCAGGAAAUGUGAGCCAGAGAAAGAAGAGAAGUCACCCCAGCUUUCCAAGUCACCAUCUUCAGAGAGGACAAUCUCCUUGGUGUCUGAUGCAUACUUUGAAGACUCAUCUGGUGAUGAAACGUAGUGCCGUUGUGAGUCGGUAGGCUGUAAAUAAUUGGAAGAAGUGUACUGAACAGUAUGUCAUUUUACAAGUGUGGUUAGCUGUAUUCAUAACAAAGGACACGUGUUGUCUCGUUGUCAUAGUUUAAAGUCUGACUUACCAGGUAAGAAGCGAGAAAGCUGGCCCACUACACUAACAGUGAGGAGUACGUUCAAAGCCAAAUGCUCACUCAAAACCAGCUCAUAUUUUAUGCAUCGAGAAAUAAAUUAAACAUCUUGUUUCUACGA